AUGGCAACUUUAAUAGCUGCCAUGGCACCAAUGGGGCAUGGAAUCCCGGAUCAAACCCGACAGGGAGUGGAGAAAUGGGACUCUUAUGUCUUGACUUCACAGGAAGACGUGGCUUUGCUUUUCACCUUCAACUUUGUCUUCACCGACGGCAAAUACAGCGGCAGCAGUCUCAGCCUCCAGGGCUACAACCCACUGGAAGCCAACUACCGGGAGUUGGCGGUCAUCGGAGGAUCGGCUGUUUUCCGGCUGGCGAAAGGAAGCGCGGUGGCGUCCACUUACUGGGCUAACGCAACCACCCAAGAUGGUAUCGUCGACUUCACAGUGUAUGUCCUCCAUUACGACGAGGGUGAUAACAAUGAACAGUAUGCUCAGGACAUGUAA